GGGCGGGCGGCGGCGAUGGAGGAGCCGCUCUGCUGCUGCGAGUACGUGGACCGGCGCGGCCGGCGCAACCACCUGGCGGCGUGCUGCUGCGACUGCGAGGAGCUGGACGACGGCUGCGACAGGUGGCUGACGUGCAAAUCCCUGCCCCCGGGAGCGCUGGAGAGGAUCGCCGACACCAUCGCGGACCGGCUGCGGGUCCCCUGGUUCUCGGGGGCCGUGAAGAUCAACGUCAGCCUCGUGCCGCCGCUCGUCCUGCUGCCCGUCUUCCUCCACGUCGCCGCCCUGCACUUCCUGCUGGGGCUCAUCAUCCUGACGUCCCUGCCCGUUGUGGUGCUGUGGUAUUACUACCUCACCCACCGGAGGAAGGAACGGACUCUGUUCUUCUUGAGCCUGGGGCUCUUCUCCUUGGGAUAUAUGUACUAUGUGUUUCUCCGGGAGGUGGUUCCCCGGGGCCACGUGGAGCAUUCCCAAGUGGUCACUCUCACGUGCGGGUUAAUUCUUAUGCUUGCAGCCCUGUCUCGAGCCAAGAGGGACCCUGGCUACCUUCCCAUCCCAGCAGGCAACGAGAAGCCAUCGCACCAGGGUUUGCACAACAAGAGUUUUAGAGGGAGCUCCGGCGGGCUCCAUGGCAUCUCGGGUGCUGCCAGCAGUCGUGCUGUGAAUGGGGAGGCUAAAGGUUAUUGCAGCAUGUCAGCUGAGCAGCCAGCAGGUGUGAAAAAGGACUGGUGCACUAAAUGCCAGCUGAUCAGGCCAGCCCGAACAGGGCACUGCCGGCUUUGUGGCAGGUGCGUGAGGAGGCUGGACCAUCACUGUGUCUGGAUUAACAGCUGCGUAGGGGAGCAGAACCAUCAAGCUUUCAUCCUUGCACUCUCCUUCUUCAUGCUCACCUCUGUGUAUGGGAUUACCUUGACCCUGCACACCAUCUGUAGGGGCCGAAGUCUGUUUGUGGCAUUGUUCUACUGCCCCGGGGCCUAUUCUGACUACAGCUCUGCUCUGUCGUUCACCUGUGUGUGGUACUGUGCCAUUGUAACAGCUGGCAUGGGAUACAUCCUCCUUAUCCAGGUGUUGAACAUCAGCUACAACGUGACUGAGAGGGAAGCUCGGCUGGCUCUGCGGGACAACACUGGGCGCAGGCUGCUGGGUGGGUUAGUGAUAGACACUGGCCAGUACAACAGGGGACUCCUGUGCAACUGGGGCCACUUCCUGAGCCUGGGGGCUUCUCCUCCACAGCGCUCUGCCGAGGAUAUCGUGUGACACCCUCGUUCUGCAGAUGGCGUUGUGUCAUGGCUCACUGACUUUGUUUAGCAGGGGAGCAGCCCCUCCCGCCAGGACUCCUCCUCACACAACCUUUCCUCGUGGUCAUUAUGUGGGCUAUCCCCUCACUGACAACAGCAGAUGUUUUCCCCGGUGGAAUGGUUCUUCACAUGCUGUCAGCCAGCAAUAGGAUGCAGAAAGCAGCAAGCCAUAUGUGCAGGUGGGGAGAGGAGGAGCCUGCUGCCUUUUUCACCGUGGGAAACAGCAAGAAGAGCACAAGGUUUUGAGAACUUGAGUUUCCCUUAGAUGUGAAUGCUGGCAUCAGGAGGAACCUGCUGCUGGGCUUCAGAGAGUGCACUGCUUCCUGCAAAGGUUAAGGAAUCCCUGGAUUUGUACCUAUGUGUGCCAUUUUGGAGAUGUCAGAAGAGUGAACUUUGGACACAGAUAACAGAUGGAGCCCUGCAGAAACCGGUCUCUUGGGCUAGAAGAGACUGUCUAGGCAGUCACUGGGCAGUGCUCUCCUCUCUGGUGCAUUUAUUUAUUUAUUUUUACUAUCUCUGAUUCCAUCCAGCUGUGUACAUGCUUCUAUUAAGUGCCUUUGUGAGCUACAUUCCUGUAGGACUUUGUAUGAUCUCUUCACCUCUUGAUUCCUAAAGUUGUUAUUCCAUCCCUGUCUGUCUAAAUGAGUGAAAAGAGAUCCUGUUGUUCUUUCUGCAAGCUGGGUCUGUAUUGGUUUGAAGGCUUUGCUCAUCUCCCUCAAAGUGUUUCUGCUCUGAUUAUGGGUUGUGACACAUGACAGCAGGUAAAUACACCAAGUAAGGAGCUUUGAAGCAACAUGUGAAGUGAACUUUGAGGGCAAAACAAGAGUGCUGUCUGUCUGGUAUUAGUGUAGCUUUACCUUCAUCCUAUGUGUGUGGGAGAGCAGGCAAUUCUGCUAGCAGCAUGUUUGGUAGGUAGCAUCUUGGUUGUAUUGCUGUCAGCACAGUGAUCUUGUCUCCUCUCGGCCCGGUUACUGUGGAGCUGCCUGACUAUAGAUCUGAUUUCUCAAGCCAAGAAGCCAAGGAACAGAUCAACCCUAAGGUACAUAGGAAGAGAUGGAGGAUGUGUUGGAGGUGUUUGUUUUUGGGAUAGAUGACCUGUACUGGCAGGUAAAUGAACCUGUUUAAAUGUGCUCUGCAAGAGUGCCGUUUUUUCCUCAUCAGCCUGCAGCUGUAUUAUGGCCUGGACUCAAGCUUCAGCCAAAAUAACAAGGUUUUGGUGGCAGUGCUUUCUGGAUUUCAGGGUGGGAUUUUUUGUAGUUUUUUGGUUGAAGCCCUUUAUGUAUGCUGUUGGCCCUACAGUAAUAGGAGAGGUCUGGCUGGAAGAGCUGGGGACUGUGGCACAAGAAUUUCAGGUUGGGCCUGAGUUGCAAAAGCAGAUAUGGAGCUUUGUUCCUAGCUGUGGUGUUUUCAGGUGUGUGCAGUGUGCGUGGGUCAUGCCUGCCCCUGAGUGCACGGGCAUGGCAGGCAGCUGGGGGAUGUUGGACUGGUGAUGCACAUUCACUGUGCUGCUGAGCAGUAGCUUUGAAGAAUAAAUGGAUGGUGCAUGAUGCCAAAAGAAAGCAGGGGCUGUCUGUUGGGAUCCCUGCCAUAUUUUUGAGUGCUUCUCAUGAUAUGUCCCAGUUUAAGGUAAAGACUGUGUUGCUUUUUGCUCUGUUUGGUUUCCUCAAGUGGCACAUUUUAUAACCAGCAGAUAAUUAAGGAGCAGCUGCAUUUGGAAUGUGGCUAUACAGUUACUGAAUUUCCCUUAUUUCUUUCUCCUUUUCAUCCAGUAAAGCAGUUCUCUAUAAAGAGGUAAAGGGACAGCUCUUUUGCUUCCUGCCUCUAACCAAGCACAGCAGAAAGUUCUGACUACUUUCUUGACUCUAAUGUUAAUAAAGAAGUAUGCAGCUGGACUGUGCAAAGUGUUACUUUAUGACCUUCUGUUUGGAGCUUGAAGCAUGAUCCUAGGAGUUCAAAUUGAGACAAAGUUGCUUUCACUUGAGUUGUCUGUAAAUGUUUCCAUGGCACAUAUGUAUGUUGUGACACCUGCUGAGAUGAUGUUAAGCUUGGCAACCCUGGAGAUAAGGAUGCUGUGGUCUAGGAGGAUCUUCUUAGAUCUUACUCUGCUGGCACUGAGGAAGAUAAAGGCAGAAGGACCUCCUGGGCUAAAUGAACCCCUGCAGUGGAGACAGCCAAUUUGUCCGUCCCUGUGUGCUGCACACACCGGAAUCAAUCAUGCACCUACAGGCUGAACAAGCUCUGGGAGCUUUUGCAGGUUUGAGAUAAGUGAUUUCUCAGAGUCCUGCUACUCCUGGCUGGGAGAAAGCAGAGCAGAUCACAGGGUGCUGCCCUGGCACUGCUAACCCUGUGGUGCUCACUUACUCCCACAGGCAGAGAUUUCACAUGUUUCACCUUUGCAGCCUGUCUGUCACUGUAGCCUUGUCCCUUGUCUCUUAGUGAGUGGCAGGUUUCAUCUGAGCUGCUUACACUGAGACUCUCUCUGUUCUCCCAGGCAGUGUGGAAUUUGGACUGCAGAUCGGAACAAAGGACCUGAGACUGAUGUAACCAUUCCAUACCUUGGUCAAACAUGCUCCAGUAGAGUGGGGGCAAAGUGCUAAAGUAAAUUUCAUUUUUUGCCCUGGCUCCAGGGAGAACUGAAACCAUUCAGGACACUAAAAGAUUGCAAGGGUGGAGUUUUUUUCUAGGAGGAAAAUGCAGUGCUGUUUCCUCAGUGAAUAGGAGGUUCAGGUGGCUGUCAUCUGCAUAGUAAUGGUGACUGUUUCUUUAACAUCAUGGCAUUGGUUUACCUCUUCUUCCUGAAAGGAUUUGCUUUGUGAAUGCAUUGGGAGAUGAGAAGCAUAAAGUAAUGGGAUAUUUUAAAGGCAUCUAAAUGGGCGGAAGAGUUUCAGUCCCUUCAGAUGCAUAUGUGGGAACUCUCCUUUUAACAUCCCUGAGAAUUAGCAGGAAACCCUUGGAGGGUAAUGCUUCCUUUCCAGUUAUUGCAAGGGCAAACUGUUGUGAUCUGGCGUGCUCAGGAACACUUUAUUCUCUGAGUAAUUUCCUGUUGAGCUUGGUACUGACCAUGCUGGUAGAAAAAUGUUAAAAUCUAGGCACACACAGUCAGUCCUUGGGCACCCUGUGUUAGUAGCUGCCUAGAUCCAUGCUGCCUGGGGGUUGGAGCAGUGGGAGCAGCCUGCAUGUGACAGGGGACUUGUGGGUUGUGUGUGGCCUUCAGGCAAGGGCCAGUGUCUCACCUGUAAGCUGUAUGCCUGGCAGUGCAGAAAACAGUACCCUGCUGGCUCUUGAUUAUUUUCCCUGUUUGUGAAGAGAGGACCUAAAGCUGACCAAGAGCAGGGAAGGAUUUUGAUAACAGCUAGCCCUGAUGUUUUCCCACCCAGAGUCUGAGAGUUAGUUUAUCUUGUUUUACCCAUGACCUUUUAAGAGGCAUUUGUUGUUUCACAAAUAGUGUGGAUUUCUGCAGACCAGGCAGCUCUUAGGAGCCCAGGAUUCUGGUUUUGCUGGUGUUGUAGUGUUACACCCUCCGUGUCCAAGUGCCAUCACCCCACUGUUUGGUGUCUGUAGCAGGAACAGUGCCUCAUUGGAUACAUCCUGUAAGUGGUGGCUUGGCACUCUUUAACUGUGUCUUCCUGCAUUGUGCUUUUUUGUAGGUGAGUCACAGGUCCCCACGUUGACUGUUUCUCCAUUUAACUUGUCCUCAAAUGACAAAAGUCACUGGUGAGCCUGAGCUGGUGCUGCUUGUGACUCCUAAUCACAUUUCAGCCUUCAUGCUAUGAUGGUGCUUUUUUUUCCUUUCAAAGUAGGUUGCUUUCAAGUGUCUUAAUGAAACCAUUUGCUGUAAAAUUUCUUCUGAAGAUAAAAUGGAUACUGCCUCACUGCCUAAUGUCUUAAUAAUGUGCUUGGUUUUUUCCUCCUAUAUGAAUGUAUAUUGCCUCAUUAGGGCAGGAAGUGUGUGUGAUUAUGGAUGUGUUUUCCUGUAUUCCUUUCAGUGAAAAAUUCUACAGUUACCUAGGAUUUAUUUUUUUGCCACUACCAGGAGGAUCCUGCAGCAAAAAUCUGUUUGCAGACAGGUGAGCUUCUUUGUGAAAUGUGGGAAUUCAGCCUCCCAAGAUCUUGUCUUUGUGGAAUUCCUCUGCUGAUAAUGUGAAGAGCGAUGGGCUCUAGAAGAAAGUGGAAAGUAUUUUUUUUAAAACCUGAGCUUUAGGAAGAAAUUUUGUGAAACAUUUGUGAGUGUUUUUGAAGAGACUGAUGUGUGUGUUUACGUCCAUUUUGCAUCGUGUUCAGUGUUUCCAAAUGGGUAUCAAAUAAAUCAAAAUAAAUUAAUGGAAGUGGUCUGUGGA